AUGCAUUGUUCCAAGCAGCCUAAGCAUAUCCAGACUCUGAUGCUUAUGCAGUGGCCCUUGAGCUACCUUGCCAUAUUUUUUAUCUUGCAGCCAUUAUUCUUUUAUCUGCUAUUUACAUGGUUGUGGCCAAUACCAGCUCUUUACCUUGUCUGGUUAUUCCUGGACUUCAAGACUCCAGAUCAAGGUGGCAGACGUUCAGCCUGGGUAAGGAACUGGUGUAUCUGGAAUCACCUCAGGGACUAUUUCCCUAUUAAGAUUGUGAAGACUAAAGACCUGUCACCUGAGCAAAAUUACGUCAUGGGGGUUCACCCUCAUGGUAUCUUGACCUUUGGUGCCUUCUGCAACUUCUGUACUGAGGCCACGGGUUUCUCGAAGAUGUUUCCAGGCAUCACUCCCCACUUGGCUACGCUCUCCUGGUUCUUCAAGACCCCCCUUGUUAGAGACUACCUCAUGGCCAAAGGUGUGUGUUCCGUGGCUCGGACAUCCAUUGACCACCUGCUGAGUCAUGGCUCUGGAAACCUUGUGGGCAUUGUAGUGGGAGGGGUGGGAGAAGCCCUGCAAAGUGUGCCCAAUGCCACCACCCUCAUCCUUCGGAAGCACAAGGGAUUUGUACGCACAGCCCUCCAACAUGGGGCUCAUCUGGUACCUACCUUUACUUUUGGAGAAACUGAGGUGUAUGACCAGGUGCUGUUCCAUAAAGACAGCUGGAUGUACAAGUUUCAGAGCUAUUUUCGCCAAUUCUUUGGUUUCUAUUGCUGUGUCUUCUAUGGAAAAGGUUUCCGCCAAAACUCCCUUGGGAUCCUGCCAUACUCACUGCCAAUCAUCACUGUGGUAGGGGAGCCUCUACCAUUGCCCAAAAUUGAAAACCCCAGCCAGGAAGUGGUGGACAAAUACCACACACUCUACAUGGAUGCCCUGCACAAACUUUUUGAAGAACAUAAGGCCCAUUAUGGCUUCUCGAAGACCCAAAAGUUGAUUUUCCUGUGA